AUGUUGUUAAAUAAUGUGAGUGAAAUUUUAUCCUUCUUCAAGAAAGCAAGCGAACAAUUAUCUGCGGAUCAAGAGCCUACCCUGCAUCUAGUUUUACCUUGGAUCAAUAAAUUGAAAAUUUUUUGUCAAAUCAAAGCCGAUGAUCUUGCAGUGAUCAAACACUUUAAGAGUAUACUUUUGAAAUUUAUAAAUGAAAAGACUUGGCUUACACAACUGCACGACAUAUCCACAUUUCUUCAUCCAAUUACGAAAAAUUUAUCAUUCUAUAGUCAAUACGAAAAAAGCAAUAUUCAUAAAGCUACAAGAAGAAUGUUGAAAACACUCAAUAUCCUAGAAGAAAAUCAAGAAAUCCAACAAAUUGGCCCAAACAUAAAUAUUGCUAAACCAAAGAAAAAGCCAAAGAAAAUGAGAAAGGAUGAUUAUUCACAAGAAGAUGUAAUGCUAGAAUUUGCACUAGCAAGCCAAGAUGAUUCAAGUGAAGAUGAUGAAGAUGAAAUUGAACGUUAUGCUAAAGCAAAAUUAGUCGUUAGUAACGAAGAAUCUGUAUUACAAUGGUGGAAGAAGUGGAGUAUAAAUUAUCCGACGCUAAGUGUUUUAGCAAAAUCAUUAUUAGGUAUACCAGCUAGUUCAUGCACAAGCGAAAGAAUAUUUAGUGUCACUGGAAGAAUCCUCGAACAGCGACGCCAAAAGCUUAGGUGA